CUUUUUUUUCAUCCGAUGAGCCAGGCUCAUAAGCUUCACAGGCUACCGAACACGUCCAAGGUCAAAGUGCAUCCACAGAUGCAGUGCUGGCCAGGUACAGGCUGCCAAUCGCCCCACCAGUCACCCCACAAGGCCACAACCCAUCCUCCAGGCCCAGCCACCAACACCACUCCUCUUUCACUGGUCACCACCACAGCCGGUCAGCACCACCUUGAUGCCCGCCUAGUGCGCCGGCGGCACCAGAAGACAUGGGUUGCUGCUUCAGCAAGAAGCGCAAGAACCGUCUCGCGCCCGGGGCGCGCCGGUGCGAGCCCGAGGACCGCGACCCGCCGUCGCCGGAGGAGGAGACUGUCAAGGAGGUGCUCUCUGAGACGCCGAGCGCUAAGCCGAGGGCCGAGCCCAAGCCCGUCGCCAAUGUCGCCCCCGCCGCGGAGGAGCGAGGAGUGAAGAAGGCCAAGGAGCAGGAGUACAGCGCCGACGCCGCGGUGAGCGACCUCGGGAGCUGCGUGUCGCUCUCCCUCGCCACCGACGAGCGGUCAGAGGCGGCGUCGGAGUCGUCGGUCGCGACCAGCUCGUUGGCCGGGCCGGAGCGGUCGCCGGGGAGGAGGCCGUCGGCCAGGAGGCGCCCGGUCUCCGCCGAUCUGGGGCCGGCGCGGCGCGACCGCGCCGUCGCGGCAUCCUACGGCGUCCGCUCCCGCAGCGCGCGGGCGUCGCCGUCCCCGCCCCCGCGGCACGUGCCCCGGGACCGCUCGGUGAGGCGGUCACCGUCGCCGGCGGCGAAGCGGCCGUCGUCGGAGCACCGUCGCGCCGCCAGUCCAGCCGCGCCCGCGCAGCGGAAGCCGCCCGUCCCGGCAAGGCCGUCCGGCCGCGUGUCCCCGCGGCGCGCGCAGGAGCUGCCGCCACCUCCCGCCGUCUCCCCGCCGCAGUCGCCGCCGCCUUCCUCGCAGCCGGAAGACGACGUCGACACCACGGCGAGUGGGCAGAGCAUUCCAGACGCCAACGCUGGCGGCGAUGGCCAAGGUGGCCGUGACGGCGACGGGAAAGAGUCGUUGGAGAACCCGCUCGUGUCAUUGGAAUGUUUCAUCUUUCUUUAGCCCCCUGCUGAUGUGAUCUCGCAUUCUCGCGCUAUUUCCCUUCGAAAGCCUUGGGCUAAUCAAAGUUUAGAUGUUAAGCUCAGCGAAGUAGUUAGUUGUAGGGCACGGUGGUUCAAACGCUCUACUGCCGCUGUGCCACCUUCCGUUAACUUUGUCAGGGGAAAUGCUAGUAGCUUUUGACUUUUCAGAGCCGCGAUCGGAAUUGGCGGAGCUGCAUCGCUUCUGCUGGGUGUGCUUUCGCUUUUGGGGUCCAUAACGUAUUUUUGCAGAGAUGUUCCAGUAAUCAGAAUGUCUUGCCCUUGAA